AUGCCUUCUUCUAUUCUCAAAUGCACUAUCUGUCCUAAGAAGCCCAAUUUCAGUGAUGUUUCCCACCUCCUUACUCAUGUUAGCUCCAAGGGCCAUCUCUCCCACUACUUCAAGCUCCAAGUGAGAAGUCACCAAGAGCCUGAAGCCGGUGAAUCACUGGCUGUCUAUGACCAAUGGUAUAAAGAGCAUAACCUUGCAGGACUGCUCUCUGAACGCAUGCUCACUAAGGAAGCCAAAAAGAGCAAUUCAGAUUUUGCAGCUGUUGAAAGGGUGCCAUCCUUCGGCAGAAAUUCUAGAGUUAAGGAGUCUCGCUCAGCUGCCAAACCUCCCAAACAACCCGCCAGAACUAGCCAUCUUCCCGACUAUUUAGAUCCCCGGAUGUCUCUUCCAUACAUUGCCACUGACAACAGUCACGCCCUCACCCAAGAGGCCCCAAGAAUCAGCAGUGCUGCAAAUAACACCUCUAAACAAUCUCCUGCCCCUCAUGCGCCGCUUUGGCCCAUAUGCCAAUCUAGAAUGUUGCUACCCUCUGGGACAGAAAACGCAAUUGGCUGGAAGCCAGUAUCUGACUCCUCUACAUCCGAAGAGAUGAGUCCUGUCAGUCAACGGAAGAAGUCCUUAGUUGAACAAGUUGAUAACCCUCAUACUGCUUCGCUGCGUCGAUCAAGACACCCAGUUACUCCUGACCCCUUUCUGGAUAAUGACUCACUGAAAAACCAGAAAAAAGAUGUCAGCAUUUUGAAACAGAUGGAAAAGACAUCUGAAAACAUCGAAGCAACAGAAUUGGUCUUCUCUCCAGGAGGAACACUGCGCCGGGAGCGUCCCAUCUCAGGAGAGGUCGAUGACACCAGCCCUCUCACUGGGGAAUCUCCUAUUCCCAAGCGAAUACCACGACCCCGACGCCGCCCACUUGCAUCGUCAAGUAUCAAUCUGUUCAAUCUGAGAGGGCAAUGGAGAAAGCCCACUAAAGCAGAUCGUCGCCGCCACACUGAUUCUCUGGCAGAGUUAUCCCGACAAGCGUUGCCUCUUCUUGAUUGCUCUCCAACCGAGUAUCCCCUACAAUAUUUUGCUAACCAAUACAUCGAGGGAGAUGAGGCCUGCAAGUUGACGUUUACCGACUAUGAACGAAAGCCUCGCCGUGGAUUUACAAUUUUUAAUGAUAGCAAAGAGGUGGCUAUCUCCCGCGGAGAAGACAGUCCAACAAAUGCCAUGAAGGUUGGUCGCAACACCAAGCCCUCCCUUGGUACUUUUGUAGGAUCUCGAUCACUAUUUCGUCCAUCUGGUGCAUCGAGCAGUUACAAGUUUCACUCAUCCAGAUCCUACACCCAAACCCAGCCUACAGCUCUGCUGGAAUACACUAUUGGAAAAGAGAACAUCGAGCCUAUCAUGAAUUCUGAUGGAGGUGUUGAUGCCCAUGGCGGCCAUGUCAACUGGCCUGAGCAGCAAGCCGUCGAAAAAGGCCAAUACUCGACUCAUUACUUUUACGGAUCUGGUGCUCAGCAGAGCUUUGGGGCAUUUGCUGAGAAUGAUGCAUUCGGGUAUUCAUGCAACCCUUUGUCAUUCUCAUACUCACAGACCCAGCCUUGCGAUGGACUGAGUGUCGCUACUCUCAGGUCUCACAAUACAAGUGCAGCCCGUGAGAAAGCCAAAGAGAGCUGUGCAGCAUCGCCGGACGGAACGGUUUCAGAUGUUGAUCGAGAAGAAUACAGAAAUAUCUAUCUUGAUAACCCAUCACAGGGAUUUUCUAAACCCCUAGUACCCAUUGCUCCUGAAAGAUUACCAGUUGUCACCCCCAGUUUCUACGAGUAA